ACCAAUAUAUAAAGCAUCCAGGACAUCAGAGAUACACACAUGUCCCUUGCCCGAGAAGAUUCAAUACCUGAAAACAGCCAUGGAGUGGAAAGUGCUUCCUAUUCACCUGUUGGUGUUUUGUCUUUUUUUGAUACAAGUUUCUUCUCAAGAUUUACCAAGCUGUGCAGGGAGAUGUGGGGAAGGGUAUACUAGAGAUGCCGCCUGCAACUGUGAUUAUAACUGUCAAUACUACAUGGAGUGCUGUCCUGAUUACAAGAAAGUCUGCACUGUGGAGCUUUCCUGUAAAGGCCGUUGCUUUGAGUCAUUUGCAAGAGGAAGAGAAUGUGACUGCGAUGCUGCCUGUAAGAAGUAUGGCAAAUGCUGUCCAGAUUAUGAGGACUUCUGUGAAGAAGUACAUAAUCCAACAACACCACCACCAUCUCCAAAGACUCCGCGGCCAUCUCCAGAAGCACAAACCAUCAAAUCAACAACUAAACGUUCCCCGAAAACUCCCAAGAAGAGGACCCCUGACAAAGUGGUAGAAUCAGAGGAAAUAACAGAAGAACAUUCUGUUUCUGAAAAUCAGGAAUCCUCCUCUUCCUCUUCUUCUUCCUCUUCAACUGUUCGGAAAACCAAGUCUUCCAAAAAUUCAGCUGCUAAUACAGUACCCAAGAAGAAACCCAAAGCUAAAGAUUCAAAGAAGAAGAGAACCCCCAAAGACAAGCCUACUCCAGCACCUCCAGCUGUAGAUGAUGCAGGAAGUGGAUUAGACAAUGGGCCUUUCAAGCCCACUGCUGCUCCUGAAGCUACUGUUCCUACCUUCCAGCCCAAUAAAGUCACCACAAGACUCAAAAUGACAACAGCAGCACCGCCAGUAACUUCUAAGGAGAGUAAUAAGGUCACACCUAAGAAAACUAAAACAACUGAAAAGGAGACAUCAACAGCUGCUAAAGAGACAUCAGUUGUAACAAAAGAGGAGACUAGUGCAGAUAAACAGAUCUCAACUACAGCUAAAGAGACAACUACUUCAGCAAAAGAAACACUGACUACAGAGACAAUGACAGCUGCUAAAGACCCUAAGCCCACACCUAAGGACCCUGAGCCUACACCCAAAGACCCCAAGCCUACACCCGAGGACCCUAAGCCCACACCAAAAGACCCCAAGCCUACACCCGAGGACCCUAAGCCCACACCCAAAGACCCCAAGCCUACACCCGAGGACCCUAAGCCCACACCAAAAGACCCCAAGCCUACACCCGAGGACCCUAAGCCCACACCCAAAGACCCCAAACCUACACCUGAGGACCCUGAGCCUACACCUGAGGAUCCUGCUCCCUUUCCCAAAGACACAACUUCUGUACCUACUACACCUGAAGUGACUACAAUUGCUAAGGGUAAAGUAACUGAAAAAGAUACACCUACUGCUCCCAAAAUCACAGCUGUUCCACCUAAGGUGACAAGUACAACCACUGAAGUGACAACAAGAACAGUCAGUUCACCAAAAGUGACAACUAAAGUGACAACUACUACAGCUAAAGCAACAACUACUGCCACCAAAGUGACAACUACUACUGCUAAAGAAACAACUACCAAAGCUGAAGAAACAGCAACUGUAUCAGAUGAGAAAACUCCUCCUAAAGUGACAACUCCUACACCUAAAAAGCCAACUCCUAAAAUGACAACCACCACAACCAAAGAGACAACUGCUAUACCGGAUGAGACUACUACUCCCCCUAAAGUCACUCCUAAGCCUAAAACGACAACUCCUGUCCCUAAAGUGACAACCACCACAACCAAAGAGACAACAACCACAACCAAAGAGACAACUGCUGUACCGGAUGAGACUACUACUCCCCCUAAAGUCACCCCUAAGCCUAAAACGACUACUCCUGUCCCUAAAGUGACAACCACCACAACCAAAGAGACAACUACCACAACCAAAGCAACAACUGCUGUACCGGAUGAGACUACUACUGCCCCCAAAGUCACCCCUAAACCUAAAAAAACUCCUGUCCCUAAAGUGACAACACUGAAACCAGUGAAGACAACAAAAAAGACACCCACAAAAGCCAAGGAAACAACCAUGGUAACAAAAGACAGAACUACUCCUUUGGUUCCAACUCCUGACCCUAAAGUGACCAACAAGAAGACUGCAUCUGCACCUAAGAAACCAGUAACUACACCUAAAAUCACAACUACAAGUGAAGAGACAUCAACAAUGACUGAAGUGAACUCUACGCCACUGGCUGAGGCUAUCCUUCAAACCAUUCCUGGACCCAACAGAAGGCCAAACUCAGAAAUAACAACCUCUCUUACUAUAACAGAAGUCACUCCAAAGAAUGAAAAUGUAAAUGUUUUUGAGCAGCAGAAGCCUUACCUGAAUUCUAGGCCUCCUGUGUUUAUUCCAAUAGGUAUCCCGGGUUCUAGCAUCUAUGGGGGAAGACCCAGUCAAGGCAUUGUUAACUUGCCAAUGCUUUCAGAUGAGACUAACUUAUGCAAUGGCAAGCCAGUAGAUGGACUGACUACUUUGCGCAAUGGGACACUGGUCGCAUUUCGAGGUCAUUAUUUCUGGUUGUUGAAUCCAUCCACUCCCCCAUCACCAGCUCGAAGAAUUACUGAGGUUUGGGGUAUCCCUUCUCCCAUUGACACUGUCUUUACUAGAUGUAACUGUGAAGGAAAAACUUUCUUUUUUAAGGAUUCUCAGUACUGGAGAUUCACCAAUGAUGUAAAAGAUCCAGGUUAUCCUAAACCAAUUGUUAAAGGAUUUGGAGGUCUAAAUGGGAAAAUAGUGGCAGCUCUAUCAAUAGCAAAAUACAAGAACAGGCCGGAAUCUGUGUAUUUUUUCAAGAAAGGUGGCACCAUUCAACAGUAUACUUAUCAACAGGAACCAACUAAAAAGUGUUCUAGAAGAAGAUCCACUAUAAACUAUUCAGUUUAUGGAGAACCCACCCAAAUCAGGAGGCGUCGCUAUGAGCGGGCUAUCAUUUCCUCCCAAACACAUACCAUUAGAAUAAGCUAUUCACCCGUCAGAGUUACUUAUCAAAAAGGUUUCCUGCAUAAUGAAGUUAAAGUGAAUACAGCUUGGAGAGGCCUUCCAAACAUGGUUACCUCAGCUAUAGCACUGCCUAACAUUAGAAAACCUGAUGGUUAUGAUUACUAUGCCUUUUCUAAAGAUCGAUAUUAUAACAUUGAUGUGCCUAGCAGAACAGCAAACUUAAUCAUCACCCGUUCUGGACAGACACUAUCCAAUGCCUGGUAUAAAUGUCCAUAAGUCUGAUUUCAAAAGAUAUGAAUAAC